AUGGCAAAAAAAGGAGGAAAGAAAGGAAAAGAAGCACCUGUUCAGCAGCCCGAAUCUGAUUCUGAUUGGGAAGAUGGUGCAAAGAAACCAUCUAAAAAGCAGUUAGAGCAAGCGGCUAAGAAACAAGAACAGUUAGAGAAGAAGAAGGAGCGUGAGUUGUUACUUCAGAUGGAGGAGGCUUCAAUCAAGUCUAAGAAAGGUGGUAAGACUAAGAGCCACAAAAAAGAUGAUUUGGAUGAUGCACUUAAUCAGUUUGGUCCUAAAGGUACAAUCUCUGCCGAUGGUUUAGAUGAUUCUUUAGCCGCGUUGACUUUAUUGAAGAAGGAUGCCGUUACUAACAAAGAUCUGGACAGACAUCCCGAGAGAAGAUUUAAGGCCGCUCUAGCCUCUUAUACAGAAAGAAGAUUGCCUGAAAUUAAGAAAGAGAAUCCAGGUCUAAGAAAACAGCAGAUGGAACAAUUGAUUUACAAAGAAUUUCAGAAAAGCCCUGAGAAUCCUUUCAACCAGGAGACAAAUAUUAGUUACGACGCCAAUACAGAAGAAGUCAUCGGUAAGAAGAAAGAAAUCCGGGAUAAAAGAUCUAAGAAGUAUGAAAAGUAA